CAAAGGGCUUUGGAUACUCAAAUAUCAGAAAGGGCAGCUUGUGAAGUCCUCCAGAUCCUGAAGAUAAAUGUCUUGACGUUUUGUCUUUUCUCACUAGGGUCCUUGAUUCUGGCUCAAGACAAAAUUGAAGUUCCUGAGAACAGUGAUGUUAACUUGCCUUGCAAAGCCUUAGGAUGGCAGCGCAACGCCAAGCGCCAGGAGUGGAAAUUCCAAGGGGUUGGCACCACCCAGCUAUUCUACCACGACGACAAGUUCACAGAAAACUAUAAGAAUCGGGCCAUUUUCUACCCGAAUGAGAUUCACCUCAAGUCGGUGACCCGCCAGGACUCGGGCGUGUACACCUGCGAAGUCCUCGGAGACUCUUUUUCUGAGUCCCAAGUGCAGCUGAUUGUCCAAGUUCCCCCCUCCAAACCCAAAGCCCACGUUCCUUCCGUGGUGACCAUUGGAAACAAGGCGGUCCUGAGAUGCGAGGAGACCGAUGCCAAUCCACGGCCGACUUUCAGAUGGUUCAAAAACAACAUCCAGAUGCCCGUGGAUCCCAAAACCAGCUCCCUCUUCAAGAAUUCAUCCUACACGAUUGACCCAGACACAGGGGUGUUGGCUUUUGAGCCCGCCACGGCCCUGGAUGCUGGGGACUAUUUCUGCGAGGCCGAGAACAAGGUGGGGGCCGCCCAGAAGUCGGAGAUUAUUCACAUGGAGACCAGUGAACUAAAUGUGGGUGGCAUCGUGGCAGCCGUGGUGGUUCUCCUCAUCAUCCUGGGGCUGGUGAUCUUCGGCAUCUGGUUUGCUUAUAACCGGGGCUAUUUCAGCAAAAGAACAGACAGUACCAAGAAAGUCAUUUACAGCCAGCCUUCCAACCGAAGUGACGGUGACUUUAAACAGACAUCUUCCUUCUUGGUCUGAUCGUAGCCUUCAUGCUUCGUGUAUUAAACUCCAAAUCUUCCUGCUCAGGACUGUUGUAAAUGUUCUUUAUGGAUCUUUGUAAUUAAGUGCGAUUUUCAAUUUUUUUAAAAAAAAUAUAUAUAUAUAUAUAUAAAAUAGUUUGCCUUUAUGUAUUUUUUUUAAACUGACGCUAUUUAAAAAUGCUGUGCCACCAUUCUUUCUGAUUAUUCAUUGUUUAAGGACUUGACCUUAAUGAUUGAAUUCCGUGGUGUGUCUAAUUUUUUGGCUAAUAUAAGUCACUCAAAUGCAGUUUGGGGUAGUUGUGAGUUUAGGGACAGUUAUGAAGUUAGUUGCCCAACUGCAUUUCUGUCCUCCUUCUGUGUCACACCCCAACCACGCAUCCCGGCAUCACAUUUUUGCUGCAAAAUAAAAUAAUUAGCUACUAAAAAUUACUCAACUGCAAGCAAAAGAAAUAAUCAGGACUAUCUAGAAUAGUGUUUCUCACUCUUAGCAACUUGAAGAUGUGUGGAGUUCAACUCCCAGAAUUCCGCAGCCAGCUUGCUGGGUGGGGAAUUCUGGGAGUUGGUCCACACAACUUCAAGUUGCCAAGGUUGGAAAACACUGAUCUAGAAUCAUCCAGGUGAGGCCAGAUUUGGACAAAAAAAUCAAGUCCUGUAUUUUGCAUUUAAUUCUGUAGCAAAUAAAGUAGUCACAAUUCAUCUUAGCUCCAUUAAGCCAGAGUGCUGAAGAACCACUGUUGAACACCUUUGUUAGGGAGAGACUCUAUGCCUUACCAAUGUUUGCCUUUACCAAUAUUACAAUAUUCUUGAACAAUUUUUUUUAUGUUGGACACCAAACUGGAAAUAAACUUUUCAUUCAAUGAU